AUGGGGCCAGACGCCCAUGGCCACCACCCCGAGCUCCCCGCUCCCCGUUCGCGCUUGCCCCGGUCGGCUCCGGCCUCCCGCCGGCUCCUGCGCCGCGCCCCCGCGCGGCCCCGGGCUCGUACCGGCGUCCACCGCCGGGUGCCAGUGUGCUCGGCCUCGCCCGGCCGCCCCGCACCCCGGCGGCGCACCCGGGUCCGCCCCGCCUCGGCCGGCCACAGCUACGCCCGCGCCAGCUCCCCCUCGCCUCCGCCUGGCCGGAGCGCCUCCGCCAGCCACCACCGCCAGCCACCUGCGCGCCCGCGCCACGAGCUCAGCCUCCCGUCGCAGGCGCCGCUUGGCCCCCCGUCCAGCUUCGCGCACGCCGGCCUCCCGCCCUCCGCGCAACCCGGCCCGGCCGGCUCCGUGCCUCCCGGGUUCGGCUCCCCCCGCGCCGACUCGCCGCCUUGCCCACCCGCCGGCUCCCGCGGGCCGGCGUCGCCUUGCCUCGGCCGCCUGGCCCCGCUAGUCGGCGUCCGCCUCGUCGCUCCUCCGUGCUGA